AUGGAAGCCAAGCCCGGGACUCUUCUCUUCCUUGUGCUCCUCUUCUCCUUGGUCAUCUCUUUCCAGAGCCCGGCAGCCGCCCACCCGGUCAGCGGCCUGAGUCCGGCCAAGGAGCUGGCCAGCAUGGAGGCCUUGCUACAACGCCUGGAGGAGAAGGUCUCCUUGAUGGAGGACCUCCAGGACGGUCCCGGGUUCGAGGAGCCCAGCAUCCCAAGAAGGGACCUGAAUGAAGCCUUGGAGGAAGAGCAGGAGGAGGAAGAGGAUGAAGGCAACACCGACUUCAGGGCCCAUCAUCCUCGAUUCUCUUCCUCGCCCGGCCGGAGCUCCCUCCUGAAGAGGAUGAUGGGCCUCCAGGCCUCCAAAAGCCUGAGGGAGUCGGGGUGCUUCGGGAGGAGGAUGGACCGGAUCGGGUCCGUCAGCGGGUUAGGGUGCAAAGGUGAGCACCGGGCGGUCAUGGGGGUUCUCAAUUAUGGCUAUGAGAUCGUCCGCAUAGGCCCUGAUCUUACAUUCCUGGUUAUCUAUUUUCAGACCCCUCAGGGUCUUGUCUUGUCUGAUAUUUCUCAACAGGACUUCUAG